GAUUGCCAAACUCUUGUCUUGGUAAUAAAGAGAAAGCUUGGUUGAUAAUCAUUUGAAUUAGAAUUACCAAACUCUAUCUCAAUAUAUAAAUAUGACAUGGGAUCACCAUUUGAAUUAGAACUAUAGUAUAAUAAUUAAACACAAUGGAGACAUCUUGGUUGAUAAUUCUUCUAUGUCUUUCAAUGCUUAUUAUCAUUAUCAUCACAAGAACAAGAAUAAGAUCCUCCAUUAACCUCCCUCCCGGACCUCUCUACAUUCCUUACAUUACCGACAUCCUCUUGCUACCAAAAAUAUCAUUCUCACAACUCAAACCAAUUCUUCACGACCUUCAUGCCAAACACGGCCCUAUAAUCUCGUUCCACUUUUGGUCUACUCCUCAUAUUUUCAUAUUCGAUCGUUUCCUUGCACACAAAGCCUUAAUCCAAAAUGCUUCGGUUUUUGCCAACCGUCCAAAAUUCAUAAACAAUAAUAUCCAACUUAAUAUCUCAUCCUCUUGCUACGGCUCCACAUGGCGCGUUCUUCGCAAUAACCUUGCAUCCACCAUGUUUCACCCAUCACGAUUCAAAUUAUUUUCCAAUACUCGCAGGCGAGUAUUGGAAAAACUUCUAAACGAAUUAAAGUUUGAAGCGAAAGUGGUGAACAAUUAUGUUAAGCUCAUCAACCACAUUCAACACGCCAUAUUUUGCUUACUAGUUUUCAUGUGUUUCGGUGAAAAUGUUGACAAUAAAAAAAUUGAAAAAAUAAAAAACAUUCAGAAAUGUUUGAUUAUGAGCUCCGGAAAAUUUAGUGCACUAAAUUUCUACCCAAAAAUUGUAUCUCGCAUUUUAUUCCGAAAACGUUGGCAAGAAUUGUCGCAACUUCGGAAAUUCCAAAAUGAUUUGUUGGUUGAACUAAUACAGUCCAGAAAGAAAGUUAUGGAAAAUAAUAACAAUGAUGAUGGAUGUUUUGUUUGUUACGUGGAUACUUUGUUGAACUUGGAAUUGCCUGAGGAGAAACGAAAGCUUGAUGAGGGUGAACUUGUUGCGCUUUGUUCGGAGUUUCUCACUGCGGGAACAGAUACAACUUCAACUACAAUUGAAUGGGUUAUGGCAAAUUUGGUGAAAUACAAACACAUGCAACAGAGGCUAGUAGACGAAAUUGAAGAUGUAGUUGGCGGCGAUAGAAAGGAAAAAGAAGUAAGAGAGGAAGACUUAGAAAAAUUACCAUAUUUGAAGGCUUUGAUUUUGGAAGUGUUAAGGCGUCAUCCUCCUUCUCACUAUGCAAUUCCACAUGCAGUGACUGAGGAUGUUAUUUUGAAUGGUUAUUUUAUACCUAAAAAUGGGAGUGUGAAUUUUAUGGUGGCAGAUAUAGGAUUAGAUCCAACGGUUUGGAAGGAUCCUAUGGUGUUUAAGCCAGAGCGAUUUUUAAGAGACAAAACAAAUAGUAAUGUAUUAGAAGCAUAUGAUAUUAGUGGUAAAAAAGAGAUAAAGAUGAUGCCAUUUGGAGUUGGGAGGAGGAUUUGCCCUGCUUAUAAAUUAGCAAUGCUCCAUUUAGAAUACUUUGUUGCUAAUUUGGUUUUGAACUUUGAGUGGAAGACGUUACUAUCCAUAAAAAAUGUUGAUUUGUCUGAAAAACAAGAAUUCACUAUGGUGAUGAAACAUCCACUACAAGCUCAAAUUUCUCAAAGGAACUAGA